AUGACCACAUAUGAUAUGAAUCUGACAUUACAAAGUGUUGCCAGCUUAAAGGCUGCAAUAGAGAGGAAAACUAAAAUACCAGCAACAUCAAUAGUUCUCCUUGUUAGUGGAGGUGAAGUGUUGCAGUCAGAUCAUAUGGUUUCAUCAUAUAGUGCUGGCACUGAUACCAACCCUAUAUAUAUGUUCAGCAAACCAUCAGUCAAAGACAGCAGGUUAAAACAGUCCAUGGUUGGGGAUCUUAGCCCUAUUGUGGAAUUAAGCACAGGGUCCUUUCGAAGCGACACUCGAAGUGCGUUUGAGGGAAAGUCCGUUGUUGACCUAAAGAGUUCUGUUGAAAUGUGCUGUUCAUUGCCGCCAACUGUCCAUACGAUUAUAUCUUGUGCUACGUUAGCGCAGCAGUUCAGCGAUCUAGCUCAUGAGGUAUCCAGAAGCUGUGAUCAGUUGGUCCUUGAACAACAUUUGCAGCACCAAGGUUGGGCCGCUGUUGUUGCCAAUUUAGAGGACAUAUACAGUGAGUUUUGUGAACGAUCCCGAAGCUUUAAAGAAUCAUUUCGUAAGCACCGUCUAAAAAAGGAAGAGUACCAUGAAAUGUUAAAUUCCCUAAACGACGUCUUGAAGUCUCUGAAGAAGAUUCCGAUACUCCCCGCGUUGCAACUGCAGGCAGAGGCGCACAGGUUCUCCGCUUUCGACGUAUUCGAGGAGACGGAAUUUGAGGGCCACCAUUACAGAAUCAAUCAGCCAUUGGACAACAGCUCCGAGAACAGAGCCUAUCAGGAUUUCGGCGUUGAAGCGUUUAAGUUGUCAGAAGAAGAUGUAUUUGGUCAAAAACAUCCUUCGACUAGUAAAGAAGAACCUGAAUCCUCAGGGGAGACACAGCAGAUCGAGGUGUCAGAUGAAGGUGUCACAUUCAAAGCGAGUUCUUAUGAGAGCAAUGAAGAGCCUACAUUGUUACAUUGGAUCCUUGCUCAAGGGAACAAAGCUUCUUUACAGGAUAUCUUAGAUUACUGUGAGAAGGGAUUAGCUUUGAUUGACGCGGAACCUUUAAAGGAAAGGGAAGCUGAAUUGUACCACAUACUCGAGUAUGCCAACAUGCAUGGUUUGAAGCAGAUUAAGGGUAUCGAAGAUCGCUUGUACGGCCUGGACCAGCUGCUCAGCGAGGUGAAGAAAAUAGAGCGUGACCAGCAUGAUCAAGCCGCGUCCCUUAUACAGUAUCGAGAGCGUUUCAAUUCUGCGUGCGACCCUUCGGUGCUGCCCACCUUGGUGCAGUCACACUGCUGCCAGCUGGAGAAGCUUCUCAGCGGGCACCAAGUGCUGGUCGAUAUAAGGCGUCGCAUCGCUAACUCGAAGGACGAGCUUUCCCACAUAUUGAAGGCAAGAUUAGAGGCGGUGCUGAUGAUCGAGAACUCGAUGUCGGUGCAGGACGCGCACGCGAUGCUGUCGUUCCAGUGCUUCAACCGGCUGGCGCGUUACUUCGGCGUGGUGGCGCAGCUGCACCGCGCGCCGGAGAUGUUCGUGCGCGCCGCCCACGAGGUGGCGCGCAGGCGCGCCUUCUCGGCCGCCCACCUGGAGUGGGCGAAGGACCUCGCCGAGAAGCUGCACAAGAUCCACGAGGAGGAGGUGUCCCGCCGCCAGGGCUUCAACUCGCUGUUCGAGGGCCACUUCCUGCGGAACCUGUUCCCGGGCAUGACCGACCUGCCGCCGCCCUUCGCCACGCAGCCGCCGCCCGCCUUCGACUCCCGCCUCCCGGGGAUCAGCGACGAGGACGUGGACUCCAUUUGCACCACCUUCCCCGAGCUGGCGCGCGACGUGCCCCGCUUCGACAUGGAGGCGACCGUCAAGUUCUUCCAGCAGAGGCUGUCGGCCUCGCAACAUGACGAGAGAGACGUCGACAUCCAAGUGGACCGUGAUAGGGGCUUCGAGUCGGAGACGGAGGCGGGCGACUUCGAGAAACUGGGCCGGCAGAGCGGCGCGCAGAGGUGGUGCGCGGACACGUCGACCACGUGCGCCCCGGACACGGUGGCCGUGUCGACGGUGACCGAGGAUAACAUGGACACUCAUAGGAUAAACGUCGAGAAACUACAGGACUUUUUGUGCAAACUGUGCACACUGUGCAAAGUUAACAUGCUAUACAUCAAAGAGGAGUUAGUCAAGUUGAAAGUUGAAAUGGACGAACAAAAGCAAUACAUGUCCGGGAAAUGUAUGGAGAUAAUUCAGGCAUGGGAACAGAGCAACGAGGAAGUGGCAAUAAAGUUCCGUGAGCAGACGCAAAGGCUGACUGUAGAUCAUGAAUUAGAGUUGAGCGAUAUGAAAGCGUCCCUUCACGGAAAAGAUGAAAUAAUCAACUCCUUGAAAUGCGGAUAUGAAGAACUGAAAUUGGAACACCAUAAGGAGAUAGAGAAAUUGGAGAUGGAACAUCAGGGUACUAAGGAUUUACUCGAAAGGACUCGUGACGAAAUAAAAUCUUUCGAGAAGAAACUCGAAGAAAUGGAAGUGCAAAAACAAAAAGAAAUUAAAGAAUUACAGGAGAAGAUGCAUUUGGAUUUCAAAGCUGAAAUUGAAUCUAUGCGCUCUAGGUUCAGAUUGGUGGCUCUCACUAAUAUGGACCGUUCACCGUCCGAAUCGAGUCUGGAGAAGAUCGAGCGGACGGACGUCAUAGAGAUCAACAAUCACAACGCUAUAGUGAUGCAGACAAAGGAAAACGCCGAAGUGGAGAAGGAAGAAGCGGUGAGAGUCGCCGUUGCGAAGUGCAAGGCGGAAUUCGACGAGAAGACCGCAGCUGACAUCGCUUCGCUCAAAGCGAAGUACGAAGCUGAAAAACAGGUGACGAUUAACGACGUGACCCGGCGCCUGCUAUCGGAGAAGGACCGACAGCUGGAGUUGGCCCGCGAGAGGGAGAAGACGCUCGCGCGCGAGUGCAACAAAUACCGCGAGACGAUACAGCAGCUCACCGACCCCGACACGAACGUCUACGACGCCCUGCUAAAGACACAGAUUGCAAGUAUAGAAAACGAGAAGGCUGUACUCCAGAAACAAGUAGCAGAGUUGAAGAAAGAGUUAGAGAAGAAAAACGAGGAAGGAGACAAGAGCAGAGAGGACGAUAGCGAUGGCAGCAGGUCGUCGCCGAAGCGUGAGGAGGGCAGACGGUCCCGUACGAGAUGCCACACCCCGUACGGGCUGACGGCCGGCACGCUCAGCCUCUCCUCCUGCCUGCCAGGGCACACCGUCCUUCUGCUCUGGGACCCCGCACACCUCAACUACACCGUCAUGCAGGAGGCGUCAAUGAUGUACUUCGUGCACAGCGACUGCUUGGCCGCGCUAGAUCUGAGCAUAGAAGUGAAGAACGAAAGUGAAAGACGCCUGUAUACCGUGGCAACUGUCGAGUCGAAGGAGUUCUGUUACGCAAAAAAGAACGGCAACCGGUACCACAUGCCGCGCGGUUCGCGUUUCUACCGCGUGCGCGUGCGCCCAUUGCGCCCGCACCUGACGGCGCCGCCCUGCUGCGACCACAGGCACAAGCAAGAUGCAAUGAAGAGCAGCGUUCUCACCAUGAUCGCUGAAAACCGACCGCUCAAGAAAUGGUUGACCUACAUGCAUGCCCCAGAUGUGCAAAAAUCCGUCGAUACAAGUCAAUCGACAAGCUCGAAUACAGAGGAAGCGAGCAGAGUUGGCGAGGUGGCCACAGCAACACUUAUCAACCUAGAGUCGCCGGUAGAGGGCGAGGCCUCCACUUCAGCAUCACAGGCUGCUGAGGAUCAACUAGACUCAAUCGAGGCAAGCGAACAGUGGAACAGUGCGAGGAUGCAACUGUCCACAGUCAGUGCUGUGACGGAUAUGGAGUGCAGCGUGGGACGGUGCGCCGGCGCAGAGCCGCUAGAGGUCGCGCAGGAGGCGGCGCCC